AUGCUCAUUGGUUGGUUAUGGUCACUAGUCAGAGAUUGUGAAACAGAUGACGAGGUCAAAUUUUCUUUUGCCUUGUUGGAAGCCUACCUUGAGAGCAUGGAAAAGCAUCCCGAAAGACAUAGAGGCCAUAUUGGCAAUCAGCUCAUUGUCAAGUUUCGGGAAUAUCUAUUGAAGUCUUUUCAAUUUGUACUGCCGAAGUUAUCCUCUGCUUAUUAUUCAGAAAUUUUGACACUAUUGAUUUGUACAUCUACGUGGUCGGAAAUUGAGAAUUCUUCAUUGAAACGCAGCCAGGAUGGACCAAGGAAAUGUCAUGACCUGGCGGAAUCCCAUGACAGAAUUUCGGGCAUUACAGAUAGAAAGGACUUGACUAAGCGAAUGAAAUCCGCUUAUGAUUUGGAUUCGGUUCCAGCCAACUCGGAACAGCGGGAACAAGCGGUUACUGAGCUUACACAACAAAGCAGCAACAUUCUGAUGAACCAAUAUCACGCAAAAGACAAAUACAACAUUUUACAAGUUGACCCUACAUCAACCACAACAAUCCACGCUAUCAAAUCAAUUCUACCUCAAAUUCCAAAUGGAUCCAAGAUUGUUAGUAUGUUUCUUCUCACUCGAAACGUAGAAUCACAACAGACUUACGCACGGGACGAUAUCAACGAUACUCAAAGAGUGUGGAGACGGAUGCAGUGGGUGAAUCCAUCAAUUCUUCGAACAAGAGUGCUGGUUGUGUUGGAAUACACGGGUGGCACUCUAUGUGUUUGCAGCUGUAAGCAUUUCAAGCAAAUGGGACACUGUUGUCGGCAGGUUUAUGCUGUGACUGGCUUGAAACCGAACAAAACACAUGCACAAACAAGGUUCUGGAAAAUCUACAUGAAGCUUCAGGAAGAUUCCAUUGCACCUGAAUUGAAACAAGCUAUCUUGAGAAUGCAACAAGCAAGUGAGAAGCUACCUGGUACCCCUGUCCUCGAACCGCGCAUGUGGAUCAACACAUCGCAUCCAAAAGCGAGUAACAAUCUCCCGUUUUUGCAGGAGAUGCUUGAUCGGGUUAAGCAAGUAAGAAUCCGAUUGACUGAUUCGUUUUGGAAUACUCAACAAGGUCAAUCAAUACUUGUUCAAGUGCAUGCCGGAAAGAGGCACUAUGGAUGGACAUCAGAUAUGCCCUUACCACCGCUCAAAUACUCAAACAAGUCAAUUCAGUCGAGUCACAUGAUGUAUUCUUUGAGGGUCUACACAGCCUUCACGCUGCAGUCAUGA